CUACCCUUUAGGUAUGGUCCCAUACUAGGUAAAUAUAAGGUAAUUCCACAUUAGUAAAACGGGAGACUUUCAAAAUAAUGGAAAGCUUGCUCAUGUCUGGGCAUAUAUAAUACUAGCUGUGCCCAGCCACGCAUUGCUGUGGCAAAGUGGUGGUGGUAUUGGUUAAAAAUUGUUGUGUACUUUUUAUUUGAAGUUAUAUGUAUUUUUUAAUUAAUUUUAUUGUAAGUUAUCUUUUUAUUUAUUAUAUUUUAUUAUUUUCUUGUAUUACUUUUAGUUAUUUUCUGUUAUUAUAGUAUUUUAUUGUAUUAAUCUUUUAGUGUUUUUAAUUAUUUUUAGUGUUUUUUAUUAUUUAUUAUUGGGUUGCUAGGAGACCAUGUUGGAGGAGCUUAGCCUUCUAACUGGCAGCAAUUGGAUAAAAGCAAUUAUUCCUCUCCCUCUAAUUAGGACUUUAUUUUUCUUUUCUUUUUCUUGUAUCAACCUAGAGGUGUGGAUGAUGGGUUGUGUUGUCAAAUUUCGAGGUUGGGGGGGGCAUGUAGUUUUGUUGUUUUGGCGGUCGCCGUGAUGCCAUCACUCUUUUAUAUAUAUAGAUUAUUAUUAUAGUCAGCCAAAUGCAUUUAUGUGCACAGCUAAAUGUGUGUUUUGGAGAUACCAAGGUUCAAAUCUGAGCUGCACUGAGUCCGUUCAGCAGCUGAAUCUUGCACUUCCCAGUAAACUCCGGCAAAAGCAAACUGUCGCAAGACUUUGUCAGCUUGUGUGUUGUUCUGCAUUCACAACCUUGUCCAUACCGACCACAUUUAGAUGUUGCUCGAUUGCACGUCUGUGCAUUGUAAUGACUCCAGAGUUUGUUCAUUGGCUGCGGACUUUGGACAAAGUGUACUCCCUCAGCCUCAAAUAGAAAACAAAAACACUUUCUCAUUAAAUCUUGCCAAGAAAACUCAUGAUAGGGUUGCAAGAAGAAGAAGAAGAUGAUAGGAUGGUCACCUCUCAGGUCUGCUUUAGGUGACUCGUGACAUAUCUUCCAAUUCGAUAUGAUGUGUAUGCAUAGAUUUAGGUAUGUGUCCAGACUGCUUAUAAGGAGCUAGUUUGCAAGUAAAAAUGAAUGACUGUGUCACGAAAUGGUGCGUUGUCUGGAAGAGAUGCUGCUGGCAUGAUGUUGUAGCCCAGGCUCCAUCUGAGCUUGGGCCUGAGAUGCAGCCAGAGUUUGUCCCAGUGGAUUCUGGGACCAGAGACAUGAUGGUUUCAAGCAAGCAGCUUGAACCGCAUUCCUCAAAGGAGUCAAGGUCGGAUCUCCUGAAGCCAGAUGGACAUUCUAGUUCGGAUUCUGGAAGUGAGAAGGCGAGAGGGCUAAUGAGCUUGACAGAAGGAAGGCAAUAACUAAGCAGAGGAAAGAAAGGGAGUGUGUCAGAAUAAUAAUAAUAAUAACUUUAUUAUUAUUAUUAAGAAGUCAACGAUUGCUUUUGAAACGAAAUAAUGUCUCACGGAAAGAGACCUUGAAUUUCCCUUAAGAAGGGUUGCUUUCUCUGACAGAGUCAGAGGUGGUAACUUUGCUUUUCCAAGAGAGGAAGAUCUCUGCUUCGUGCUCCUGUGAAUUCCAUGUUCUUUCCUGCAGUUUUGUAUCUUGAUCCUAGUGCCAGGCUUGGAUUUCUGUGUAUUCAGUUGAAUGUUCAGUUUGGAUUUCUGCUCCAGACCCCUGACUUUUGUUCCAGCAUUAACCUUGUAGCUUGGACUAAACUUGCAGAUUUGUUCCUUGCUUAUAUUCUGGGGCUCCAGGGUGGUUUUGAGGGGCCUACGCAGCCUAGGGGUGCAACACAUGAAAUGUUUGGAAGGCUCUUCCGCACAUUGUCGUCACAAAAGGAAGCGAAGCCUUCGGAAGGCAGAGGUCUUCCAUAUUCCGUGAGCAUCACAAUGCUCCUCCGAGUUGCGGCGGCCGUCAAAGAGAGGACAUUUUGGAUGCAAGGACACAGCCCCAGCCAUGGAUUACCUAACGGUGCCCAUCCUGCCUUCGGUGUCGCAGCUCGAGAAAGAGGAGAAAGAGCAUGUCUCUUCCUCGACGCUGAUCAGCCCGGGGUCUUCCCUGGGCCAGGUCUCGGGGUAUUCGACACCCAGCCCGGACCCGUCAACCAUCAUGGCCAUCACCUCGAUGAUCCCGCCAGGGGAUACCCGGUCGAAGGACUUGCGCAAACACAGCAAAGCCCCCAAGACCAGGCGCGGGAGCAAAGGUACCCAUUCGUCUGUUCGGGCCAAAGCCACAGGUAAAUCGUUCCGGUACCAAGCCAAGCGGAAGCACCGGCGGCGGCGGUUGAGCAUAAAGGCGCUGCUGUACCGCUCUUGGCACCGGGUCCAUCCGUACCUGAUCACGUUGAGGAGGAUCAUCCACGAACUGACGCAGUCCGUCUUCUUCGAUAUCUUCAUCUGCACCGUGGUCGCCAUCAACAUCACGAUGCUGGUGGCCCAGACCUUCGCUGUGGUCGAAAUUCGGGGAGAAUGGUUCUUCUCUGCCAUGGAUCCUGCCUUCCUGUCUGUCUAUGUGGUGGAGGCCAUCCUCAAGAUAAUCGCGUUGGACUUAGAAUACUUCCGGGAUCCCUGGAAUGACAUUGAUUUCUUCAUCAUGAUCAUGACGGUGUUGGAUUUCGUGCUGCCGCUGUUCAUCUCCUCUCGGCAAGGCAACCGGGACAACACUGUGGCGCUUCUCAGGGUCCUCAAGAUAUGCAAAGGGAUCCGGGCCAUCCGGGCCAUCCGCUUCCUCCUGACGCUCCGGGUGAUGAGGAACCUUCAGGAAAUCACCAGCACUUUCAUGCUCUCUUCCCAAGCCAUCGGGGCCAUUAUCCUCCUCAUGUUUUCUUUCCUCUUCAUGUCUUCGGUGGUGCUGCGGGACAUGUUCCAUGACGCUGAUCCAAAGCACUUUGGAGACCUCUUCAAAACCAUCUUCACCCUCUUCCAGAUGUUCACGUUGGACGAUUGGUCUCUCAUCUAUCUGACAUGCCAUGAGGCCGGGUCCUGGUACAUCAUUAUCUUCUUAAUCACCUACAUCCUGGUGGAAUACUUUCUGCUUCUCAACCUGGUGAUUGCAGUCCUGGUCGACAAUUUCCAGGUGGCCCUGGUGAAGCGACACGAGCUCAAGAAGCAAAAGAAGGUGAUCACAGUGGCAGGUAGCACUGAAGACAACCCUGCCUCCAAAAAAGCAGCAGAUAAAACCCAAAUGAAAGAGGUAGAUGAGGAAGAAUUCUUCAGGCGGUUGGUGAUGGAGAAAUAUGGCAGCCUUGAACUGAUUGACAAAGAAUGGCAGCUCCUCUACAGCUACUUCCAGUUGAUGACCGCCAUUGAGACCAACCUGCAGCAGUUCAGGUCUCAGUCGUGUACAACCGACAAGAUCCUGGACACUUUCUUUGAGACAAGCGAAGUUGAGUACCUUCCUGGGUGAAGAACGGAAAGACAUUUUCAUGACGCUUCGACAGCUGGGUCUCUCCUUCCUCCCAAACACUGCCGCACA